CUUUGAAUUAAAAAAUAAUUCUCUUCUGUCUUCUUUUUCCUAGGGGGAUGCAAGUAUUUUAAAAGAACAGCUUCGGAAAGCUGAAGAUCAGAUUCAGGCUAGCAAACAAGAAGCUGUCCUGAUGUCAAAAGAGCUGAGUGAUGCAGUAAAUGUGCGAGAUAAGACCAUGGCAGAUCUUCACAGUGCACGUCUGGAAAAUGAAAAAUUGAAAAAACAGCUUGCUGAUGCUUUAGGGGAACUUAAAAAAGUCACGGCUUUGAAAAAUGAACAGGAGAAUUCAAACACAGUGGAGCAGGAACUGCGCAGAGAAGUUGAAGAUCUGAAGCUUCGUCUGCAAAUGGCUGCUGACCAUUACAAGGAAAAAUUCAAAGAAUGUCAAAAACUUCAAAAACAAGUAAACAAGUUUACAGAACAGGCAAAAAUUGCAGGGCAUCAACAGAAACUCACAGGUGCAUCUAACAUUGAGACAGCUGCUGCCAUCGUUACAGACAAAAAGUUGUCUGCAUCUCCAGUUAGCCCCAUUUCAUCUGACAUAGUUUCGGAAUUCAUGGUAAAGGAGCAAGUACGUGAAAUGAAUAAAGAAAUUGCUGAGAAAACAGAGAAGUAUAAGAAAUGCAAGCAAAUGUUGGCAGACGAGAAGAUGAAAUGCAGUGUUUAUGCUGAUGAACUAGCUAAACUGGAGCUGAAGUGGAAAGAACAAGUGAAAAUCAAUGAAGGGAUAAAAUUACAGCUAGCAGCAAUGGAGGAUCAGUAUAAAGUUCAGCUGGCAGAAAAAGAGAGACGAAUAAAGGAACUGGCAUCACAGCUGGAACACUUUACCAGUGAGAAGGAACUUGGCAGGACACCAGGAAAUCAAGCUGGAAGGAUGAUGGAAGGACAGAUUUCACAACAGACAUUACAUUUUCGCAACCCAUAUUCGGAGGAAAAUGGCCCAGUUCCUGCAGUGCCAAGUCGACUACCAGUAUUGCAAUAUGGAAACCCUUAUGCAAUUCAGGAAAGAAGAGAUGGAGCAGAUGGCGCUUUUAAUCCUGAUGAAAUCCAAAGACCACCUGUUAGAACUUCCUUUUGGGAGCCAGAAGAUGAUGUAGUGUGUAGUCAGCCUUCACGCAAUCUUAGUCGGCCUGACGGCUUAGAAGAUCCUGAGGAUAGCAACGCAAGUUACCUUUUUAAUUAA